CGGCAAGCGGGUUCCGAGUGGCUGCAGGCGGCCUGGGCUGCCGGGGCCGACGCCUGGGUGGCUGUCGCCGCCGCGUCUGCUGCGAGAUGGCGAUCUUGGGCACGGAAGGGUGAGGGCGCCCGCCGGUGGAGGAGGCGCCGCUGCAGUGUCCGCCGGGCCGCCGGGAGCCGACGGUUUCGCGCCGGGUUAUCUCCUCACUAGACUAUGAGCUCCUUGAAAGAAGGAAUCGUGUCUUACUCAUCUUUCUAUCUCCAGUAUCUAGAACAGUUCCUGGUACAAAGUUUAAGCUGAAUUUUGGGACAUGGCCACUGCUUCACCAAGGUCUGAUAUUAGUAAUAAUGACAGUGGAAGGUUACAGUUACAGGUAACUGUUUCUAGUGCCAAACUAAAAAGAAAAAAGAACUGGUUUGGAACAGCAAUAUAUACAGAAGUAGUUGUAGAUGGAGAAAGUAAGAAAACAGCAAAAUCCAGUAGUUCUUCUAAUCCAAAAUGGGAUGAACAGCUAACUGUAAAUGUGACCCCACAGACUACAUUGGAAUUUCGAGUUUGGAGUCAUCACACUUUAAAAGCAGAUGCUUUAUUAGGAAGAGCGACAAUAGAUUUGAAGCAAGCUCUGUUAAUACACAACAGAAAAUUGGAAAGAGUGAAAGAACAAUUAAAACUUUCCUUGGAAACCAAGAAUGGUGUUGUGCAAACUGGUGAAUUAACAGUUGUGCUUGAUGGACUGGUGAUUGAGCAAGAAAAUAGAACAAACUGCAGCUCAUCUCCAAACAUGGAAAUACAGCAAAAUGGUGAUGCCUUACAUGAAAAUGGAGACCCUUCGGCAAGGACAACCACCAGGUUGGCUGCUGAAGGUACUAAUGGAAUAGAUAAUCACGUACCUACAAACACUGUAGUACAGAACUCAUGCUGUUCAUAUGUAGUUAAUGGAGACAACACACCUUCAUCUCCAUCUCAGGUUGCUGCCAGACCCCAAAACACACCAGCUCCAAAACCACUCACAUCUGAGCCUGCCAAUGACACUGUUAAUGGAGAAUCAUCCUCAUCUGCACCAACUGAUAAUGCUUCCACCACGGGUACUGCAAUAGUAUCUGGAGAAACCGCCUUGUCUUCAAAUUGCACUAGUACUACUGUCGAAGAUCCUCCAGUUCAAGAAAUACUGACCUCCUCAGAAAACAAUGAAUGUAUUCUUUCUAACAGUGCAGCAUUUGGGUCUGAAGCUAGAAGUACAUUAGAUCCUUCUACCUCCAGUUCUGGAAGUAGCUCUGCCUUCGAAGCAGCCAAAUUAAGACAGCCAGAUGUCUGUGUGGAACCUGUCCUGCAGCAGUCUGGAAAUGCCAACACAGAAACUCUGCCAUCGGGGUGGGAACAGAGAAAAGAUCCUCAUGGUAGAACCUAUUAUGUGGAUCAUAACACUCGAACGACCACAUGGGAGAGGCCACAACCUUUACCUCCAGGUUGGGAAAGAAGAGUUGAUGAUCGGGGAAGAGUUUAUUAUGUGGAUCAUAACACCAGGACAACAACCUGGCAGCGGCCUACCAUGGAAUCUGUGCGGAAUUUUGAACAGUGGCAGUCUCAGCGGAACCAACUGCAGGGAGCUAUGCAACAGUUCAACCAACGAUACCUCUACUCGGCUUCAAUGUUAGCUGCAGAAAAUGACCCAUAUGGGCCUUUGCCACCAGGCUGGGAAAAAAGAGUGGAUUCAACAGACAGAGUUUACUUUGUGAAUCAUAACACAAAAACAACCCAGUGGGAGGAUCCCAGAACUCAAGGCCUACAGAAUGAAGAACCCCUGCCAGAAGGCUGGGAAAUUAGGUAUACCCGUGAAGGAGUUAGGUACUUUGUUGAUCAUAAUACAAGAACAACAACAUUCAAAGAUCCUCGCAAUGGGAAGUCAUCUGUAACUAAAGGUGGUCCACAGAUUGCUUAUGAACGCAGCUUUAGGUGGAAACUUGCUCACUUCCGUUAUUUGUGCCAGUCUAAUGCACUACCCAGUCAUGUAAAGAUCAAUGUGUCCCGGCAGACAUUGUUCGAAGAUUCCUUUCAACAGAUUAUGGCAUUAAAACCCUAUGACUUGAGGAGGCGAUUAUAUGUAAUAUUUAGAGGAGAAGAAGGACUUGAUUAUGGUGGUCUAGCAAGAGAAUGGUUUUUCUUGCUUUCACAUGAAGUUUUGAACCCCAUGUAUUGCCUGUUUGAGUAUGCUGGCAAGAACAACUACUGUCUGCAGAUAAAUCCAGCAUCAACCAUUAAUCCAGACCAUCUUUCAUACUUCUGUUUCAUUGGUCGCUUUAUUGCUAUGGCACUUUUUCAUGGAAAGUUCAUUGAUACUGGUUUCUCUUUACCCUUCUACAAGCGUAUGCUAAGUAAAAAGCUGACUAUUAAGGAUUUGGAAUCUAUUGAUACUGAAUUUUAUAACUCCCUUAUCUGGAUAAGAGACAACAACAUUGAAGAAUGUGGCUUAGAAAUGUACUUUUCUGUUGACAUGGAGAUUUUGGGAAAAGUUACUUCACAUGACCUGAAGUUGGGAGGUUCCAAUAUCCUGGUGACGGAGGAGAAUAAAGAUGAAUAUAUUGGUUUAAUGACAGAGUGGCGUUUUUCUCGAGGAGUACAAGAACAGACCAAAGCUUUCCUGGAUGGUUUUAAUGAGGUUGUGCCCCUUCAGUGGCUGCAGUACUUUGAUGAAAAAGAACUGGAGGUCAUGUUGUGUGGCAUGCAGGAGGUUGACUUAGCAGAUUGGCAGAGAAACACCGUGUAUCGACAUUAUACCAGAAACAGCAAGCAAAUCAUCUGGUUUUGGCAGUUUGUGAAAGAGACAGACAAUGAAGUAAGAAUGCGACUACUGCAGUUUGUCACUGGAACCUGCCGUUUACCUCUAGGAGGAUUUGCUGAGCUCAUGGGAAGUAAUGGGCCUCAAAAAUUUUGCAUCGAAAAAGUCGGCAAAGAUACCUGGUUACCAAGAAGCCACACAUGUUUUAAUCGCUUGGACCUACCACCAUAUAAGAGUUAUGAACAACUAAAGGAAAAACUUCUUUUUGCAAUAGAAGAGACAGAGGGAUUUGGACAAGAAUGAAUGUGGCUUCUUGUCUUGGAGGAGCUCUUGCAUUUAAAUACCCCAGCCAAGAAAAGUUGCACAGAUAGUGUAUAUAAGCUGUUCAUUCUGUACAGUGAAUUUUCUGAACCUCUCAAAGUAUAAAUGUUUUCCGUUCUUCCACAGAAAUAUGCAAAACAGUUCAUCCUUUUCUACUUUAUUUAUUGUUCCCUUGACUGACUGACUAGGAAAAAAAUCAUCCUUAAAUUUUGAAGUUGAAGCAAGCAAGAGACUUUAUUAAAAAUAAGUAUAUAUCUAUAUAACAUAUAUGAUAGUGGCUCUAGUUUUAUAGAGCUCAGAGUGUAUUAAACAUGACAGCCGUUCAUUCAAAAAUAAUCUGGAUUUGCUUUACCUUGUUUCUGUUAUCCAGGGGAAGAAGUACAAAUUACUCCAUGUUUUUUUCCCUUUGUAACACCUCUUGAGGGUGUUUUGUUGCAUGGCUGUUCAGGAAGGUAUUAAGGGCUUAGGCCAAAAUCUUACUUUGAAUAUGUUAAAACAUGCUGCUGGCUUUUCUUAAGAUGGGUGCUUGAACCUGUCAGUUUGUUUUAAAUAAAUACAGUAGUUGAAAAUUUUCCCUUUGCUACAUCUCUAAUAUAGUCAAAGUCAUGAAUGAAACAGUAACUUACAUGAAAGUCAUAUACUAGAUCUACUACCAUUUAGUUUAUUCUAGAAAUUGGAGAGAAUUCACUGCGUAGCAUAGAGGUUUGUUUACAUGUUACUUUGGGAUGCUAGGUAUUUGUGGAAUUAAAAAGAAUCAGGCACUUCUGUACUUUAGUUUUAAAAUAUGUGAUGUUCUUUAAAUUCAUAAUAAAUUGAUGCAAUUUGAUACUUAGGAACAUAUAAAAAGGUAAUGUGAACUUUUCUGCUUUUGUUUGUGUUCAAAGUUUUGGUUUUAUAAAACCAGAUGGAUUGAAGACUUACAUAAGCAUUUGAAAACUCAAAUAAGUCUACUGAUUUUCUAUUACUGUUUGCAUAUCUUCAUUCCUCUUAAAUUCAAGAAAAUUCCAUGUAUCUGAAUAAGCUUAUAAAAAAUAUUUUGGUCUUCCCCCCCUUUUUACAUAGAUUAUUAUUUUUGUCCCAAUGACAGUUUUUGUUUUUCAUUAUCAAGGACAUUUACUGAACUACAAAAAUGUAUAACAAAUUAAAAUCUGAUGUGAAUAUUAAUGCUGCUUUAGCAAGCUGGGCUUCCCUAUUAAUAUAAAAAUUUAAAUUUCCACUUGUAUCAUUAUUUCAGUAUGUACUGUAAAUUUCAUUAACUUAAAAUUUUUUUUUUUUACAACCAUGGAACUGACGUCUUAGAAUGCUACCUGUAACAUAUUUCACUACUAAGUACAUACAGAAGAUACUAGUAUACAGUUUAACUUCCCUAAACAGUUUUUGUUUUGCCAAAAUUUUAUUUUUCUACAUAUUAAUUUAGAUGGUCUUCUGCAUUUUUAUUCAGAAUCCAUAGUAAAGAUGAAAUAAAGUCCGUGAUCCACUUGGUUGAAUAGACUCUUUUCCCAAAUCCUAUUAAUGUUCUAGUUAUUUUCAUGCCUAAAGAAUAAAAAACAAACAAAAAACAAGAAAACAAAUGUACAGAACAGACUAUGCAAUAGAGUGACCAGUCUUCAAAAGGGCUGCUUAAAUUAUACCAUGAAAGUACCACUGCUGAUGAAGUUUGCUCACAGAAGUUACUGUCAUUCAGUAGAAGCAUGAGAGAACAUCAUGUAGCAGAUUGGAAUGAAGACAGGAAGCUUUCAGGGUGCCCAUCCCCCCUUCUCACUUCAGGUAAGAAAUUACCAUACAACAGAUGAGGCUACACAGAGCCUACAGAGAGACCAAACCAGCUUUCCGGAGAAGGCUGGUUUGGAGAACUCAUCAGGUCCUUCUAUCUUUCAUAUUAAUUAUAGAAAUCCAGACCUAUAGGCAGGGUUUAUUGUCUUGAUAGACCUACUCAGUGGCAGUGAGAGAAACGUGAGACUUGUUUUUGCCCCCUCUUCCCAUCCCUGUCCUGUGCUGGGCCGGGCAUAGGGAAAUGAGAAGUGCAGGGCUCGCUGCGACUGAACACAGACACUUCAUGAGGAAAUCAGCAAACGAGGGAGGCUCAGAAACAGGUGCAUACCGUCAUUCAUUUCAGUGCCACUACCCACCACCACCACCGCUAAACAGCCCAGUCAGUGGGUCACAGGCACAACACAGUUUCAGCAAUCAGAUUAGUUGUCUUCCAGGAAAAGAAGCUCCAAGUGGUGUUUUUGUUUUUAGUACUUCCAGGGCAGUUAAAGCCAAAAGGGUUAACAAAACUCUUUGUCCUCCAGCCUUAGGUCAACCACCUAGCUUUUCCAGUUCUCAAAACUAUAGGGGGGUAUGGGCCAACAAUGUCAGGCAAUGCUGCUUCUGUUUAAAAUGGCCCCUGACUGGUGUGUUGCAUCUGGAUUGGGAAAACUCCAGACACUUGAUAGGAAACCAUAGCUUUGGACUUACCAAAAUGUGGAAACUUGUAACUGUAUUUCCCUUUGAGAUUCCUGAGCUGUCACCGGGGGAGAUGAUACUCCUGGGAGGGGCAUGGAUAUGCUGCUACACAGACUGCUGCUGUAAGGUCAUCUUUUGAAUGUAAGGAGGCCUGACAUUGACCUGUUGGGUGAGCUGUGGUUUCUGUCCUUCUGAGUAAAUUGGGGCCAGAUGAGGCCUACUGUGGGCUUUUUGAGUCUGAAUAUUUAGUUGAACCUAAGAAGAUCCUCUAGCGGGCAUUACGGAAGUCAAACAGAAAUCUUCUCCGGUUGAAAUAGGCAGAUGAGACAAUAAAGGUUCUCUUAUAAAAAGUCCACUGAACUUAAAAGCCAAACUUGAAGCCUACUGGGGAUUUGGUCUGUCUCUCAAGGGGAAAGCCCAGACCACAUCAGAGGAGCCUUUACCUUAAUGAGGUUCCUUUGUACCUAGUGUAUACUCUUCAGUUACAAGACAGAAACAUACAGGGCAGUGAAAUGGGCCGGAACAGGACAUUCGUUAAAUAAACUUCAUGGCCCUUUGCCAAAGUAGUCAACCCCUCCUAUUUUUUCUUCCCAGUAAUGCCCAGCCACAGUCCAAACAGGUUGUAUAGUGAACACCACAUGAACGCAACAAAAAAAUAAAACGAAAAGGGGAAACCGCCCCCCACUCCAAAGCAAUAAAGAGUAAAAGUCCAAAAGUGGCCUCUCCUGUGCUCACUUUGGCAGCAUGUAUACUGAAAUUGGAACAAAAGCGGCAUCUCCUAAAUUCCAAAUUUUCUCUCCCCAGUCUUGACCAAGGAGAACACAAUCAGAUGAUAAUAGCAUUUUUAAAUAUUUACUGAUACUCAUGGUAAAUACAUGUUCUUUAAUCCUCACAAUUCCAUUAGGUUAUUUUUUGUUGUUUUCUCCUUGUAAUUAUGCUUAUUUUAAAAAGUGAGUCUGAGAGAAGUCAUUUUUACAAAGUCCACAGGUGGUCCACAGUCUAUGAUUAAACACUCAGACAGGAAAAUUUCUGGUAACAGGGAGUUAAUUGAGAGCUAGGAUAACAGCCACAUUCCAAAUCAGAUUUCUUCUCUCAUUCUUAAAAGACGGAAGGAAACAGAUGCAUAAGAGGCAGUUAUAAUCACCCACAGCCCAUGUCUGUAAUAUGUUUAGAAGACAGAAUAGUACAAACUUCUGUUUACAUAUAUGUGGAGAAAUAGGCAUCUCAAACUAGCAGUCAGCUCUGAAACACACAAGAACCAAGUCAAGUAGGGACUGCACAGGAAGGAGAAUAUAAUGGGGUCUCAGGGUUCAUUCCCGGAAGUAGUAGAUCCCACCCUGAGUGGAGAAAUGUGAAGAACCAGUGUGAGAACUAGUAAAUCAGACUCCUGGGAACUCAAAAAGGUUGAGGAAGCACACAUAAUCAGAAUCUUGGGAAAGUACCACAUCUUGGAGAAGGCAGCUAUUCCUUUGUAAAGAGAGAAGAAAGAUAGAUAGCAGCCCUAUAAAAGACCCAGCAACCAUACUUCUGGACGUUUAUCCCACAGAGAUGAAAAUUUGUUGAUAUAGUUAUAUCAGCCUUAAGUUCAUAGCAGCCAAAGACUGGAAACAGCUUUAAUGGCCUAAGGCGGAGAGUUAAAUAAACUGGUACACCCAUACAAUGAAAUAUAAUCAAUAAUAAAAAGUAACUAUUGACUGAAUUUAGAUGCUUCUCAAAAAGGAGUUAUG